AGCCCAGUACUACCUAGUUUCAGUCACUGCUCAAAACGGAGCUUCUAACGAAAUGUGCAACAGCACAAACAGUAUCUGCACUAUCAGUGGUGUGUCCUGUGGAAAUGCAUUUAAUGUCCAAGUCACCUCUGCCCGAGGCUCCUGCCAGAGCAAGCCCAGUCAGACUGCAUAUGUUAAGUCAAAGCCUUGUCCACCCAGUGCCCCAUAUGUAAAUAACUCUUGUGGGGAUGCACAUGUGUCCUGGACUCUUUCUCCAGUUGCAGACUUGUAUCAUGUUGUUGCAGUUGGAGAGAAUAACACACACUCUUGCAACACUACGUUCAAUAAUUGCACUUUGUCAUCUCUCCACUGUGACCAGAACUAUUCAGUGUCUGUGAUUGCAAGUCACGGGAACUGCUCAAGCAUUGCCAGCCCAAAUGCUACAUUGUACACUGGUCCGUGCAAACCAGAUAAUGUCUCAGCAACAUAUGACUGCAAGAAGUCCUCUGCAUUGCUUACGUGGAAUGAGAACAGUAAACCAGUAAAGUAUUAUGCUUCUGCUGUGGAUGACACUGGCAACAUGUUGUAUUGUCACAGCAAUUCCUCAAACUGUACAUUUGAGGGUCUUCAAUGUGGAAAAACAUACAAUUUCACUGUAUUGGCCACGGACGGGACUUGCAACAGUUCCAUCAAUGAUGUGGAGGAUUCUUUGGGUGCAGUUCCCUGUCCUCCAGAAAACCUUACUGUAGAAUUAUUGCCAAAGCAGAGUGAAAGACAAAUUCUGUCUUUGAGCUGGUCUGAAGAUAACUGCAGUAACACAGAAUACCUUGUGAAGCUGACUGGAAACUUGAUUGGCAAAAGUGACCACAUGUUUGAUGUCUCAUCGUAUUGGACCUCAGAGACCUACUUUGAGCUGCCUCUGCCCUGCGGUUCAGCUUUUAAUGCUACAGUGAAGGCCAAGAACAGUGCUGGUACCAGUGAACCAUCCACCAUUGUCACUGGAACUACAGCAAGCUAAAUCACCCGCAAGUGAAGACAUCUCACAGAUGUUGCCUGGAGUGAGCUCAAGCUGUUGGGUCAUUAAACCACACCCUCUACGUUCUUUAUCUCCUGGAAGAUAAUUCUGAAGAGUCUGGAGUCUGAUUGCUCUGGAGACACACAGGCAUUUGUUUUCCUCUUGGAUUUGAACCCAGAGUCCUUUUUUAACUGCUCCUUUGGUACAAGAACCUCAAACUAGAAUGUGAUGAUUUCUCACUGUUUUAGGUAUACAUUAUGCUAGUUACCAAUCAGUUAACAAUUCUUCUUUUUCUAACAUUAGUUUACAAAAUUUAAGCUGUGCAAAUGUCUGUAGUGCAUGUAUUUAUCCAUGUAGUAGUCAGUUACCCAAUUAUGAUUGAAUAAAUUAUACUAACUGUACACUAGAGCUUGUCUUAUGUUUGAGCACGUUUUGUUAUUCACAUUUGUAAAUUAAGUUUAAACUUAGAGAUAAUAUAUAAACAUCACAAUAUAACAGUAUGUACAUGUUGUUUUGUAGUGUUGUAUUAAACAUGGAAAAUGACAAUGUAAUUAAACCAUAAAUUUU